AUGACUUCUUCGAUCCUUGGCAUUCCGUUCGAGGGGGAUGUUGUAGAGGCCAUCUGUCACUACCAGACUAUACUCCUCCAGGCAGACGCACGCAUCGACAGGUACUUCGCCCGUAUCGACGCUGACGAGAACAGCUACCGCACAAUGGGUGAGCGCUACCACAUCACCGAAAGUGCCGCCCGCGAUCCAGCACGUUGCCCAGCUGACAAGCUAAAGCGUAUGAAGGAAGCAUUCGAGCUCUCCCGAGUGGAGGAGUACAACGCGUUCUUCGCGCCUUGGCAACAACUGAUCGAGCUUCUGCAUGAAGCCCGCCGUCAUACCAAGCUCUCAGGAACCGCGGAAGAGCUACUGCAACGGAUCAGGGUCGGGGCGGAAUUGCUAGACAAUGUCGCCGACCGCCGAGCUACGCUAGUUGAUAAGCUAUCAACGCUGCAGGAGGACGUGAUUGCUCUGGUUCACGUAAACAAUAUAGUGUUAAGGCGCGGAGUGAAUGCGCGAUGGGCCCAGUCGUUCUCCGAUCCUGACGAUAUGUUCCACAUGCCGAACAGGAAAGGAGAGGAGUGGCAAAUGUUUCGAGCCUGGAUUUGGAGCUUGCCCGAGACACAGCGUGCCGUUCAGGCUGGCCGCUCAGUGGACGAAAUUGCGGCUGAGACAUUGUAUAAGGAUGACGAAUCGAUGGUGCGGGAGUAA